GCAACCUGAGGAGCAGCUCUAAACUGUUGUGUUUGCUGGGAACUGCCCCUUGGGCCUGCUUGUGGGAAGCUCCCAGAAGGGAGUUCUUAGUGGAAUCUCCCUGGUUUGUACCCCUUCCAGCCCUUCUAUCCUGGGUUUGACCUAACAUUGUGAGGUCAAGUCAACUUGGCUUGCUCUGUGUCCCUAGCCUGCCUUUGAGGCCUGCAUGAAGGGGCACCUUUGGAGCACUUCAGAAAGCAAAUAAACAACAACCUGAAAACAACCCCCAGUUUGAUAUAAGGAAGUGUGAAAGAACAUUACAUGUGUGGGGAGUGUCAGUCUCUGGGAUCUUCAGGGGCAUCCGAGUGACCAGCUACAGGAGUACAGCAUAUUGCAUGAGAAAUACAUUCAUUUGAAUGGAUUUAGAGGUCAAAGGAGUGGCUGCGUCUAGGAGCCAACCUCGCUUAUUUUCUCGACGAAAGAAUUCACUACAACAAGGAUGGACUUCAAGAUCAUGGGCAAUCCAGAAUCCCUGUCGAUUCAUGGUCCCACCACUUGAUUUGGGAAGCCUUGUUGACUCUGAUGAGGAGGAUGAUUUUGCACAAGUGCCACGUAGUACAAUGCACGCUCAUCUCAAGUCGCCACAGUUGCCUUCUGCUCUGGGUUGGGUUGUGCCAUGUCAAAGACAGUAUACUCAGCGUUAUCUAAACAAAGAGGAACAGGACAUAGUACCUGAGGAUCUGCCAGCACCAACGGGCAAAUACAAGCUAAAAUAUCAGCAAUAUGCAACCGAUAUGAAAGAGGGUUAUAAACAGUACAUUCAGAGAACUGCAGAAAAAGCAAAAGCAACUGGCACGCAAGACACUUCAAGAAGCAAGGUGAAUGAAAAGCAUGAUCAGGUGGAAGAAGCCAGUGUGGAUGACCUUGAGACUUUGGAUAGGAAAGCCCUGCUACAGCAAGGUUAUGCAGAUAGCCCUUACCAUGUAAGGAACAGCGCAAGGAAAUCAGAUGCGGAAACCAUGGCUGCAGAGAAGAAGAAGCAAACUGUUGAGGAGCAAAUGAUGCUAGACCACUUGUCCAGGGCUGUCAUCAGUGAUCCAGAACAAGGCUUAAACACUGAGGAACAAGAGAGUUUUCCUGUCCCUCCAGACCCAGAGGGGGUACCACUUCGAGUUAGGAGACGAACCCUGCAUGAAACAAAGAUAAGAACCACCUCCACAUUAACAGAGAAUGACCUUGCUCAGAAAGUAGAAUUUGAUGGGAGGGUCUUAUCAAGAAAUGGACGCGAUGCCUGCAGAGAACUGAUUGGGUUUUUCUUUACCCACGAUCAGUCCCUAACCGUGUAUGAAUAUCGGAAGUUUGGGAAAAACAGAACAAACGUGCUCCCUUUUAUUAAAAAAGACACUUACAGUCAUCAGCGUGGACGAAGAAAAGGAAAGCAGUACCGGCUUGGCGACUUCUAUACGGGUGCAACUUUGACAUUUUUGAGCUGCGAUCAUCCUAGCCUUCCAAAGAGUAUAAAAGAAAAUACAUUGUUUAGACUUCGAAUUACAAAUAUUGAUCAAAUAGCUUUGAGUUCUCUGAAAGCUGCCUCUGGGGAACAUGAGGAGGACACGGUCAGCCAGGAGGCACAGGAUCGGCAGGUGCUGCGGGCCAUUCAGGACACACUGAAAGAACAACUCCACAAGAGAGGUGUCCGUAUUUUGACUGGAUUGGGAAAAUACCUUCAGCAUUUGGACAAGGAAGGAAGUGGGCUGUUAGAGAAGGCAGAUUUCCAGAGAGCCCUGAAAGCCUUUCACUUAGAAGUGUCUGAACAGGAUUUUGAGUCUUCCUGGCUAAUUCUGCAAGGUAAUGGCCAUAGCAACAACAAGGUUGAUUAUGGAGAAUUCAAACGUGCCAUUUUUGGUGAAAUGAAUGAAUAUAGGAAAUCGUUUGUUCGCAAGGCCUUCAUGAAACUGGAUUUCAACAAAACUGGCAUUGUGUCUGUUAUAGACAUAAGAAAGUGCUACUGUGCAAAGAAGCAUCCACGUGUGAUUUCAGGGCAUUCAACGGAGGAAGAAAUCAAAUCAUCCUUUCUAGAGACAUUAAGAGAUGCCUGCAGCAAGACUGAUGAAGUUUCAUAUGGUGAAUUUGAAGAUUACUAUGAAGGCCUAAGUAUAGGGAUAGUAGACGAUGACGAUUUUGUUAACAUCUUACGUACUCCAUGGGGAAUUUAGUUUUAAAUAAUGCAUGAUCUCAUCAGCACCAAGUAGUUUAUAGAAAAGUUGAAUUUUAUAGAAAAUGUGAUUAACUUGUAAUGUAUUUUUCUAAGAUUCUUUAAUUUUUUUUUCCAAAAAAGUUGAGUCUGGGAAGACCUAUUUAGAAAUAGAUGCAGAUGUGUUUGUGAGCACACAUGCAUGCUUACCUGUCCAAAUGUUUGUAAAGACAGAUAUUUGUGUUAGUCCUUUCCAUUUUAUUUUAGAAAAGUAAUUUAGAAAUUAGCCUUAGUAGAGAAGUAAUAUCCCCAUUAAACUAUGCGAGGACUUGUAUAGAGUAAUCAAGUUUCCUAUCCUUUCUCAAAUGUCUUAUAACUUUUCCUAGAAUAUAGUUGUCACCAUUCUCAAUUUAAUGACUUGGAAUUCAGAUCAAGGCUGAAAAGUGCAACUUGCUUGAAGCACAAAAUUUUAACAUAUAUACAAAAGCAAUGUCAUAAUCUAUAUGAUUAUAUGUGCAUUAUAUUUUGAGUGACUGGUGUUUACCCCUCAGUGUUCUUUGAAAAAGACUUCUCAUAUGUAUUUGUCUUCAAAAUUACAUACUACUCUCUGUUCAGUGGGAAAAAUUCCACUGUAUUUUUCAUUUUAACUGUCAUAUUAUCUGUAUACACAUGUUAUAUAUAAACAAUAAAAUGUAGAAGAUAUUGGAAUGUAGAAAUAUCUCCUUAGGCCACUAAAUAAAGAAUUCAAGGAUAAUUCAACAAUUUUUUAGACAAAGUGUAAAUCAUAUUUUGUGUCUCAAAAUGAAGAUGUGGUAUUCUGAGUACCUCUGUUUGUUAUAAUAAACAGAGCAUUCUCUUCUAAA